ACAGAAAAGUUGGAAAACUCUGCCUGCUUCUCACGGCCUGCAUCGUUUGCAAGAGACUUUCAGAAAUUCAUCUGCAAUUGGAGGAGCUGCAACAUGCGCUCUCUCGUACUUCUGGCGGCGUUGCUCGUCGCCGUCACUGCCCAGGCACCGCCCCACAUGCUCUUCAAGCCACAGAGAUACUUUGUUGGUACAGAGGCCAGUUUCUCGCUGACCAGCUAUGCUAGUGAAUCGUUUAGUGUUACUCUCAAACUCACCUAUGAGGCCUGCACCUGCGGGAGGAGUCAGGUGUGUCUUGAGGAGGUUGUGUAUGAUGAUGACACCAAGACCGUGUAUCCAGCUACUGAUGAGACAAAUGGACAGCCAGCCGUUUUGAAAGUUCAGCUUCCCUCCCUGGGUGAGCUGGAGAGCCAUCGCUACUACAUCAGCAUGAGCUCCAGCGAGGGACACACUUUUCUGAAUCGCCAGUUUGUCAGCUUCUUUGGAGAGUCCAACGGUCACAUGCUAGUCAAAACUGACAAGCCAAUCUACAAACCUGCACAGACAGUGAACAUCUGUGUGGUGUUUCUGGAUGCUUCCCUCAGACCACACAGCGCUGAAUCCACCGCUCAAGUUGUCAUCAGGGAUUCAAGGUUCAAGCAAAUAUUGAAGACAACUGUCACGAUACCAGCUGGAGAUGGAGUGGGAUGUAUGGACAUUCAGCUGUCAGAUGAGCCCAACCUCGGCACUUGGACCGUUGGUGCCAAUUACCUCAUUGAGCGUGGCGAUAAUCAGUGCCAGUUCUACUUCAGCUCAGUCAGAGGCAGUUGCAGAUUCAAGGUGGAUGAAUUUGUUCUCCCCAGGUUUGAGGUUGAAAUGACUGGACCCAAUCAGAUUCAAAGGACAGACAAUGUCAUUGAAGGAACUGUGACUGGCACGUACACAUUUGGAGAGCGUGUUGAUGGGACGGUGAGGGUGAACGCUACUCUCACUUCAUCCAGUAGGAGGGAAUCCAUCCCUUUCUACGACACCACUGUACCACUGAAAAAUGGAGAGUUCACCUUCCGGUUUACUGACGAUGCCUACAAGAGCAAAGUGCUCUACCGCUACGACCCAUUCUGUGUCAAGUCAACGAUCCUUAUCGUGGCAGAGGUGACUGAGAGAGGGAGGAACGCCACUCAGAGCACCUCGCUCCGUAUUCCCCUGGUCUCCAACCCCAUCUCUCUCUCUUUCACCGACAGCCCCACCAUCUUCAGACCCGGCAUCGACUACACCAUCAAGGGUAAAGCCACUCAAGCCGAUGGAUCUCCAGCUGCUAGUGAAAGAGUGAAAGUGACCGCCACAGCCAACAACGGACGCAAGACUCUCCUUGAUAAGACUGUCAGAACUGAUGCAAAUGGAGCCAUCUCGCAGACUGUGAAGUUGGGGAAUGACAUCAACUGUCUCAAGUUCACCAUGUCACCAGUAGUUGUGGAGGGAUCAUGUGACAAUCAGGCCGUGUGCUUCUCUCCAUCUCCCAUGUACUCUCCCACUAACUCCUUCCUUCAACUCACCCACGUGUCACCGAGUGCAGAGAUCACUCCAAACUCGAAUGCUCGAGUGACUGCUACAGCCAACAAUCGCUUUCGUGUUCUCCACAUGAUGGUCAUAGGCCAAGGCAACGUACUGCUGCACACAUCAACCUUCUCCACUAACAGUAGGAACGGAGUGACAGCCAUGACAGUGGAUCUCCCCGUCACUCAUGCCGGUGUGCCCAGAGUGAAGGUGCUGGGCGUGGUGGCCAGAGAAGACGGAGAGCUGGUGGCCGACCUCAUUGAGAUACCUGUCACCUGCCAGCUGGAGAAUCAGGUUGGAGUGUCAUUUGGGACGGGGGAGGCGGAGCCAGGGGACCAGGUGUCAGUUGUGACUACUGCCAGCCCCAACUCUGUGGUGGUGCUGGGAGUCAUCGACAAGAGCCUUUCUCUCUUGGCCGACGCCUGCAAGUCUGUUGACACCAACAAUGUGUGUGGUCUCCUGCGUCGUCUGACAGGCAGGUCUCUGCCAGCCGGUGGCUCCUGCUCCACUGAGUCUGACAGUGCCUGCUGCCCUGCUGCCUGCUCUGAGCCCGCCAAGAGAGCCGUGACCGACAUCUUCAACGCUGCUGGUGUCUCUCUGGACAGUAACAUGUUCCAGCCAAGACCGCCUUUUGUUCCUCCCCCUCCCAAUUUUAAUAUCCCUUUUGGUCGACCUGAAGGAGGUAAUGUAUGCUGAAUGGUGCUGUACAGUCAUAUAAUUAUACGUUUUGGUAGAGUUUAGGUGUGAUAACUAGGACAAAAGAAAAUGAGCUGCUCUGAGCUGGUUUCUAGAUAGAGCACUGGGCUAUGUACCAGAGUAGCUUGUAGCUCAAAUAUAAACGCAAACCUCUGUGCACAUCGUGGCACCAAUAGUCAUUCUGUGAGCACUCCAAGAAAUUGCUCUUUUCACUGCUGUAGAUUUUUUCUUUGACGAUGUAGCAGCACGACCUGCUGCACCAACAGCUCUGCCACUACAACCUGAAGCUGGACCGCCUCUGGCCCCAGAGCCAGAGGAGGAGUCUGAGCUCAGAGACUUCUUCCCCGAGACAUGGAUUUGGGAGAUCCUCCGAACCAAUGCGUCAGGAAUAGCAGUGCACAACUCAGAGGUACCGGACACCAUCACCACCUGGAACGCCGAGGCUUUUGCCAUCAGCGGCCAGACGGGGCUGGGCAUCUCUCCGCUGACGGCACUGGUGGCCAAGAAAGACGUGUUUGUCUCCCUCGAACUCCCGUACAGCAUCAUAUUCCAGGAGACAGUCACUGUCACCCCCAUAAUAUUCAACUUUGGCCGACGUCAGGAUAUCGAUGUACGUGUGAGUAUAGAAGUGGAUGAUGAUCUGGAGCUGCUGGAGAGACAGGUGCCUGAGAACGGCCUUGUCAGAGUCUCCAAAGGAACUGGCACCCCCUUCAACAUCAAGCUCAAGCCACGAGCUAUUGGUCUUCUUCCCAUCACCAUCUGCAUCAGAAGCUCGGCACCCGGGGGUAAUGGGCCCUGCAUCGAUGCAGUGAGGAAGACCCUGUUCAUUAAGCCUGGCUGCGAGAGGUUCCAGAUCACCACCAACGUCUAUGCCUCUAACAGCAGUGGUGAGCACUGCUUCAACUAUGAGCUGCCAACUUGUGUCAUUCCCGGCUCUAGCAAGGCCACCAUCUCUGUCACUGGUGACCUGAUGUCACCUCCUGACCUGACCGUCUGUUGGUGCUGCCUUAUGGCUGUGGUGAGCAGAACAUGGUCCGGUUCUCCCUCAAUGUCGUCACGGGGCUCUACCUCAUGGCCACCGACCAGCUCCCUGAAGUCCUCUCCGUCAAGAUCAGGAACAACCUUCAGACUGGGUACCAGCGCCAGUUGACCUACUUGCAGGGCAGGGGAUGUUUCAGUAUCUGGAGUCAUGGUGAAUGCAGUCUGUGGCUGACCGCAUUCACAGCUAGGUUCCUGACUGAGGCUUCAAAUCCAGCUGUGGCAACAUCUCUGGGUCUGGCUGAAGGCAGUGAGCUGGUGGAUCCUCAGGUGAUAUCUGGAGCCAUAAACUACCUGAUCAGCAACCAGGAGAGGAGCGGAAGGUUCCCUGUCCUCGGCCGUCUUCACAACUACUAUCUCCUGCGAAGAGACAACUUUGUUGGUCUGACUGCCUAUGUUCUCAUCACUCUCAGAGAAGCUGCUCAAUACUCUACUCAAUCAAACUUGAGGACAUCAAUCCGAAGAGCUGAAAGAUACCUCGUGAGGCAGUUCAGUGACGAAGAGUUCCAGUUCUGCAACUAUGGUCUGGCCCUCACCACCACGGCCAUGGCUCUGGGCAGCAACCCUGACUACAGGAGCAACGUGACUGCCAUGGUGGACACCCUCAAGAGCAGGAUCAGUGACAGCAAAAACUACCCAGGAGCAUGUUUCCUGUGCAAUGACUGUCCCAGUGAUGAAGACUCUGACUCGGCAGACCCAGCCUCCUGCCCCAGCCGACCUCGCGGCGAAGGCUCCUCCUCGUGUGUGGAGACAACGGCCUAUGCCCUGAGGGCGCUGCUGGCCGUGGGAGACAGAGAGAAGACUGUCUGCCUGGCUCAGUGGCUCGUCCAGAUCAAGAGUGGCAGUGGAGGCUUCUACAGCUCUCAGGAUACUCUAGUGGCCCUGGAUGCUCUGAGGAGGUUUUCUGAGGAAACUUUCACCAAAAACCUCAACAAGUCUGUGACAGUCACCAUUGGCGACUCGGCAGUCACACACACUGUCACCCCAGAGAACCGCUACCAGAGGAGAGACUUCCAGGUUGAGAGUGUUCCGAGUACUGGCAACUGUGUAAGCUAUUCUGGAGAAGGAACAGCCAUCAUCCAGAGCACUCUGGAGUAUCAUGGCUGCAGUUGCUGUGAUAAUGUUCAGACAUUUGCUCUCAACCUUGCCACUAGAGUCAGUGACACACAGUUGCUUCUCUCAGCUACAGUCAGAUACACUGGAGAGGGUUCGUCAAACAUGGCGAUAGUGGACGUGGAGAUCCCGUCUGGCUACCGAUACAUACAGCACAGGGAGAAUAAAGCUAUUGAGAGAGUAGACGUCAGGGGAUCAAAUGCUGUCUUCUACAUCAAUGGGAUCGAGGGCCCCAUUACAAUUGUGAUACUGUUUGAAGAGGAGUUUGCAGUUGAGGAUCAUCAGCAGCUACCAGUGACUGUGUAUGACUACUAUGAACCAGAUCAAAUUGUGACCAAGUACUAUCUCCCAGUCUCCAGUGGAACAAUCGUAGAAACUGACACUGAAUCAAUCAGUGGUGAUGGUGAGACUGAGGGCACAGAAGAGCUGCCAACACAAGGACGGGAAUGAAAGAACCUAAAGAACUGAAAAACUUGAAACUCUUUAGCUGUGUCACUCUGACUUACAGUACUAUAUAGAUUUUGAACAGAAAUUCAAUGUGAAUAUAAUAGUCUCAGUGGUUGUCUCAGUGGUCAUGUUUAGUGGUAAAACCUAUUAGCUAUUUAUUACAAGCA